AUGACAUGGCAGUUGCCAAAAAGGAUCCGAGAGGCAAAGAUUGAACAAUUGGAGAUAGAGUUUGAAUCUUUAAGGAUGAAAGAAACAAAGUCGAUUGAUUCUUUUGCAGGAAGAAUAAGUCAGUUGGUGACCAAAGCAGCCAAUUUGAAAGCCAUGACGUUUCAAGAAGCAAUCGGUAGACUGAAGACGUUCGAAGACAAGAUUAAGGUUAUCGAGUCUUUAGCAGAAAAUCAAGGUAAUCUAAUGUUUGCCAAUGGUGAGUCGUCAUCGAAAUCCAAAUCCUAUAAAAAUACGCGUGGGCGUGGGCGAGACGGUUUAAGUUACCGAGGCAAACGUCAAGACCAGGAUGAUGAAAACCAAGAUGGAAGUCAAAGCCGAGAUGGUCAAGAUCAGGGGUCAAAGCAGGCGGGUCAAAGAAGAACCAAUGAUCGCCAAAGGGGAAGGAAAGAUAGAUCACAGGUUCAGUGUUACCGUUGUGAUAAAUUUGGUCACUUCACGUCAGGAUAUCCGGAUCGUAUGAAGAAACAAGAUGAAGCUAACUUAGCGAAAUCCGAUGAUUUUAAUCCAUCAUUAUUCAUGAUGAGAUGUGAUCAAGAGACGAUUUUUCUAAAUGAAGAAUGGGUGAAUCCAAAUCGUUUCGAGACUGAGCCAAUAGAGAAAGACACUGGGUAUCUCGACAACAGAGCAUCGAAUCACAUGACGGGUAAUCGAGUUUAUUUCUUUGAACUUAAUGAGCGUGUCACGGGAAAUGUGAAGUUUGGAGAUGGAUCUUGUAUUGAUAUACGGGGAAAGGGAUCGACAUUACUUGAAGGGAAAACAGGGGAGAAGCGCCUGUUGACCGAUGUUUACUACAUACUGAGUAUGCAAACCAAUAUCAUAAGGUCAAGCAACGGAAGGUGGAUGCGACAUUCACAUGAAACAUGA